UUGGGGUAGGGUAUGGAUAAUAUCCAUACCCUACCCGAAAAAUUCGGGUAAUAUCCAUACCCUACCCGGUUGAGCUCUACCCAUUAAGAACCGGGUAUUAUCCGAAACAUUUGGAUCGGGUAGGGUUGGAUAUCCAUUACCCAAUGGGUAUGGCCAUCCCUAUUCCCAGGUACCUUUUUCUCUUACUUGUUUCCUUCCUAGAUAAGAAAGCUCCUUCCUUUCCUCUCUGUCUAUAAAAGUGUCACAGAGAAAUGGCCAAAUGGGUUUUUGAUGUGAAUGAUUAAUAUAUAUAUAUUGAAUGCAGAUAUAAGAAGAAAUGAUGAAGGGAGAACGUUCAAAGAAGAUGAGAGCAGUUCCUAAUGAUCAUGGCUUCACUGAAAUUGUGCUCUCUUGGUCCCUUGAACAAAUUGAAAAUAAAGACCUUUUCAAGGACCAGGUAAAAAACAUUCCGCUGUCCUUCGAAUCAGUUCACCAGUAUUUUGGUUCAUAUUUUUACCCUUUAUUGGAAGAAACUCGUGCACAACUCUAUUCAAGUAUGGAGAUUAUAUCAACAGCGCCUUUUGCUGAAGCAAUUGCAUUUAAUGAAUCUAAGCCAGACGGAGAAAUUUUGUAUAAAGUUCAGGUUGAUAACUGGAGUAACCGAUGCAGUGAUUGUAGCAAGGAGCCUUACAAAACGUUGCCUGGAGAUAUUUUGAUUUUAGCAGAUGCUGAACCUGAGCAUGUUUCUGAUUUACAAAGAAUAGGAAUUUCUUGGGCUUUCGUAAUGGUCACUAAAAUCCUAGAGGAUGAUAUUGAUGAUAAUGAUGAUAUUCGAGAGGAUAAUGAUACAUCUACUAGCUUUAAAGUCAAGGCAUUGAAAGAUAUUGAUGUUGAUGGUGGGAAGAAAUCAUUGUUUGUGGUUUUCUUGACAAAUACAAUCCCUAACAAGAGAAUGUGGAUUGCACUGCACAUGCAUAAAAAUCUGAAUAUCAUUAAGAAAGUCUUGUGCACUAGUUCUUUGAAUGAGGAAGACUGUGAUCUCUGUUCUGCACAGAGUGAUGGCAGCUGGGAUGAGAAAUUGGCAACUAGUAUUACCUCAAAACUGAAUGAAUCCCAAAACAACACAGUUCUUGCUUGUCUACGUAAGAUACAUUGCAACCACAAGUUGUCUGUGGAACUUAUAUGGGGUCCGCCUGGUACUGGCAAGACAAAAACCACUGGCACCCUGCUUUUCACCCUUCUAAGAAUGGGAUAUAGGACUCUUACUUGUGCCCCAACAAAUGUUGCAAUUAAAGAAGUGGCCUCGCAUGUCCUAAAUCUGGUGAAAGAAUCCUUUGAAACGGACAUUGGAAUUGAUGCUUUGUUUUGCUCAUUUGGAGAUAUUCUCUCAUUUGGGAAUAAGAAGCGGCUCAUUGUUGGUUCGGACAUGGAAAUUAUAUAUUUGGAUUAUCGGGUCCAAAAGCUUACUGAGUGCUUGGGGCCUCUGACUGGUUGGAGGCAUUGCUUUACUUCAAUGAUUGAUCUUCUUGAAGAUUGUGUUUCUCAAUUUCACAUCUUCUUGAUCAAUGAACUGAUCAAAGAGAGAGAACAAAACAAUGAAGAAGAAAUUAAAGAGAUAGAAAGUGAGGCUGAAACUGAUGGUGGCGAGGGGAAGUGCAAGUCAUUUCUUGAUUUUCUGAGAAAAAAAUUUGUUGCUACUUCAUCACCACUUAAAAAUUGUCUUCUAGUCUUUUGUAGACAUUUACCCAAGAAAUACAUUCUCGAGCACAAUUUCCAAAACAUUUGUUCUCUUAUUGACCUACUUGAGUCUUUUGAAACCUUGUUGUUUAAAGAUAAUGUGGAAUCUGAAGCACUGGAGGAGCUUUUUUCACAUUCAGAAGUUGGUCAAAAUACUUCUGAGCUAUUUAUGGAUAUACCAUUCCUGCUGAAUGUAAGGAGAAAAGAAUGCCUUUCUCUUUUAAAAAAACUUCAGGGUUCAUUUAAUGAACUUGAUCUUCCAAGCUCUAUGAACAAAUGGUCAAUAAGGGAUUUUUGUUUCAAAGCAGCUUCCUUAAUUUUUUGCACUGCUUCAAGUUCUUUUAUGCUGCACUCUGUGGAAAUGAACCCACUGAACAUUCUGGUUAUUGAUGAAGCUGCACAAUUAAAGGAGUGUGAAUCAACCAUUCCCCUGCAACUUCCGGAAUUAAGGCAUGCUAUUCUUGUUGGUGAUGAGCGCCAAUUACCAGCAUGGAUUACAAGCAAUAUUUCUAAGGAAGUUGGUUUUGGGAGAAGUUUAUUUGAGAGGUUGAGCUCAUUGGAUUGCACAAAGCAUCUUCUCAAUAUACAAUACUGAAUGCAUCCAUCUAUAAGUUUUUUCCCAAAUGCAUAUUUUUAUGACAACCAGAUUUUAGAUGCUCCAAAUUUUAAAAGAAAAGGCAAUGAAAAACAGUAUCUUCCGGGGCCAAUGUUUGGUCCCUAUUCUUUCAUUAGUGUAAUAGAUGGUAGGGAAGAGAAGGAUGAUUCUGAGCGUAGUUGGAGAAACAUGAUUGAGGUUUCUAUUGUGAUGAAAAUACUGCAGAAUUUAUACAAAGCAUGGAAUGGCACUGGCUUCAAACAGAAUUACCGCAUUGGUGUAAUAUCUCCUUAUGCUGCUCAAGUAGUAGCAAUUCAAGAAAGACUUAGACAGAAGUUUGAUGCUGUUGAUGGGUUUACAGUAAAGGUCAAGUCAGUAGAUGGGUUCCAGGGUGGGGAAGAGGACCUAAUUAUAAUAUCGACAGUAAGAUCUAAUACUCAUGCAUCGAUUGGGUUCACAUCGAAUCUACGGAGAACUAAUGUUGCUCUUACAAGGGCUAGGCACUGUCUAUGGAUAUUGGGAAAUGACAGAACACUAGUGAAUGGUGGAUCUGUUUGGGAAAACUUGGUCCUUGAUGCUAAGAAUCGUCAAUGUUUCUUUUAUGCUGAUGAUGACAAGGAUUUGGCUAAAGCAAUAUUAGACGUGAAGAAAGGAUUUGAACAGUUUGAUGAUUUGCUUAAUCGUGAUAGCAUACUUUUUAGAAGUGCUAAGUGGAAGGUUUUUUUUAGUGAGAACUUUCUGAAAUCAUUUCAAAAACUGAAGUCUGUCCGGACAAAGAAGUCAGUUCUAAACCUUCUACUGAAAAUUUCCAAAGGCUGGAGACCCAAAAAGUUGAGCGUAGUUUGUGAAAGUUCUUCACAGAUCUUAAAGCAAUUUAAGGUUAAAGAUCUUUAUAUUGUUUGUGCAAAUGACAUAAUAAAGGAAUGCGGUGACAUUGCAAAGGAAUUGAAGUACUCUCAAGUUUUGAAGAUCUGGUAUAUAGCACCUAUAGAGGAUAUUCCAAAAUUAGUGAAACGUCUUGAUAGUAUGUUCGGAAAAUAUACAAAUGACUUUAUUAAUUGCUGCCAAGAGAAAUGUCUUGAGGGCUUUUCCUGUGGUGGUAAUUCUUCAAAAGGAAGUAGUUCAAUUGAUAUGGAUGAUUUUGACAAUGCCUCUCAAUUCAAGGAUAUCCCAGAUUCUUUUGUUGGUGUACCUCCCCUGUCAUAUCCUCUUGUCAUAACAUUUCACAAAUUUCUGAUAAUGCUUGAUGGAACUGUGGGUAAUUCAUACUUUGAAAGAUUCAAGGAAGCAAGGAAACUUUCUAAUGGUCCAAUACGUGGUAGUUCGGUUUCCUUACAGAGCUUUAUAAGGAUGAAAGAAGUUAAUUAUGAAAGGUUUAGUACAUCAUAUUGGCCCCGUUUCAAUACCGGACUAACUAAGAAGCUCGACUCUUCUAGAGUUUUCACAGAGAUUAUUUCCCAUAUAAAAGGUGGCCCGCAAGCUGCGGAGGCAGGUGAUGGUAAACUCAGUGUGACUCGUGAGGACUAUGUUCUACUAUCAGAGAGCCGAGUUUCCCGUCUAGGUAGACAGAAGAGAGAGAUAAUAUAUGAGAUCUUUCAAAAUUAUGAAAAAAUGAAGAAUGAAAAUGGUGAGUUUGAUUUUUCUGAUCUUGUAAUAGAUCUUCAUCGUCGAUUAAGAGUUGAAAUAUACGAGGGCGAUGAAAUGGAUUUUGUAUAUGUGGAUGAGGUGCAGGAUCUUACAUUAAGCCAAAUUGCUUUAUUCAAAUAUAUUUGUAAAAAUGUUGAAGAGGGUUUUGUUUUCUCUGGUGAUACUGCUCAGACAAUUGCGAAGGGAAUCGACUUUAGAUUCCAAGAUAUAAGAUCUCUGUUCUACAAAAAGUUUGUGCUGGAAUCAAAAAGCAGUGGACAAGAUGGAAGAAAAGAGAAAGGAAUAAUCUCAGAGAUCUUCCAUUUGAGCCAGAACUUCCGUACUCAUGAUGGAGUUCUUAAGCUAUCACAGAGUGUGAUUGAACUUAUUUAUCGUUACUUUCCUCUAUCUAUUGAUGUUUUGCAGCCUGAGACUAGUCUUAUAUGUGGUGAAGCUCCUAUUUUGCUUGAAUCAGGGAACAAAGAAAAUGCUAUCAUAACUAUUUUUGGCAAUAGUGGAAAUGCUAGAGGAAGUAUUGUUGGCUUCGGUGCAGAGCAGGUAAUAUUGGUACGAGAUGAUUUUGUUCGGAAGGAAAUUACCAAUCAUGUUGGGAACCAAGCUCUUGUUCUGACUAUUGAGGAGUGCAAGGGCCUUGAAUUUCAGGAUGUAUUGUUGUACAAAUUUUUUGGCUCAUCAUCUCUGAAAGAUCAAUGGAGGGUGAUAUAUAAAUAUAUGGAAGAGCAAGAUUUGCUCGACCCAACUUUACCCAUCCCCGCCCCAUGUUUCAAUGAGGCUAAACACGAUGCGUUGUGCUCCGAACUGAAGCAACUUUAUGUGGUUAUCACUCGUACCAGGCAGAGGUUGUGGAUUUCUGAGAAUUCAAAGGACUUCUGCAAACCAAUGUUUGACUAUUGGAGGAAAAAGUGUCUUGUCCAAGUCAAGCAACUGGAUUAUUUAUUUGCUCAGGCAAUGCAGGUUACUAGCAGUCCAGAGGAGUGGAAGUCCCGGGGCAUUAAGUUGUAUUUAGAGCAUAUGUUUGAAUUUGCAACCAUUUGCUUUGAAAGAGCUGGUGAUAUUUAUUGGCAAAGAAGGUCCAAGGCUGAUGGCCUUAGAGAAAAUGCUGACCAUAUGCGCGGUUCAAAUCUUGAAAAGGCAAAUGUUAUGCUUAGGCAGGCUGCUGAAAUAUUUGAAACUAUAGGCAAAGCUGAUUCUGCUGCACAAUGUUUUUCUGAUUUGGGGGAGUAUGAAAGAGCAGGAAGGCUUUAUUUAGAAAAGUGUGGGGAGUCUGAACUUCAAAGAGCUGUGGAAUGCUUUUGUCUAGCAGGAUGCUAUGAACUGGCAGCUGAGGUGUAUGCUAAAGGCAACUUUUUCUCAGAAUGUUUGAAAGUUUGCAUCACAGGAAAAAUAUUCAACGUGGGUUUCAAGCACAUUCAGUAUUGGAAAAAUAAUGCAACUAAGGAUUUUGGUGUGGCUGGAAGAGGACAAGAAAUAGACAAGAUUGAACAUGAGUUUCUAGAGAGUUGUGCUCGUCAUCAUCAUGAGCUUAAAGAUAGCAGAUCCAUGAUGCAGUUUGUCAAAGCUUUUCAAUCCAUAGAUUUGAUGCGCACAUUUUUGAAAUCGUUGGAUUGCCUUGGUGAGCUUCAAUUGUUGGAAGAAGAAUCAGGAAACUUCUUAGAGGCUGCCAGCAUUGCAAAGCUGAGAGGGGAGAUUCUACAUGAAGCUGAUCUUCUAGGGAAGGCAGGGAAUGUCAAAGAAGCAUCCAUGCUAUUGCUCUUCUAUGUGCUGUACAAUUCACUUUGGACACCUGGAAGCAAGGGCUGGCCACUAAAGCAGUUUACACAGAAGCAGGAGCUUUUGGCGAAAGCCAAGUCAUUUGCUAAGAAUGACUCAAACUUUUAUUCUUUUAUUUGUACAGAGGCUGACAUUUUAUCAAAUGAGCAGAGUGACUUGUCCAUAACAAAAGAGUAUUUGAAUGCUUCUCAGAGACAUAAUAGUGUUGGAGGUGAAAUAAUUUCUGCUCGAAAAAUUCUAGAUGCUCAUCUUCAGUCAAACUCUGCAAAGUAUGUGUGGCAGGAUUAUUUUGUUUUUGAUCUGACAAAGCAUUCGGAACAGGUGAUCUCUAGAAAUCAGAUUUCUGUAGAAACACUGUUUUACUUUUGGAAUUUUUGGAAAGAUAAGAUUCUGAACAUUUUCGAGUAUCUCAGAUGUCUUGACACUCAAGAUGUUAAUGAAUAUAGAAGUUAUGGAGAUUUCUGUUUGAAUUACUUGGGGGUGCGGAGGCAGUUUCACAAUCUUAAAGCAAUCUAUGUAUUGCUCAACUCUGAUGCGGAUUGGGUCAGAGAAGACAGUAGAUUCAUUCAUCGAAAUGGAAAUUUGGUUUCUAUUAAUGUGAGACAUUUUGUUGCAACUGCUCAAAGUUACUGGAGUUCAGAAUUACUUUGUGCUGGUAUGAAGGUUUUGGACAAUCUUGAAGCCCUUUACAAUUUCUCAUUGAAUAAUUCCCUCUCCCUGUUCUGCCAAAGCAGAUCUCUUACAUGUAUCUAUGAGGUUGCAGAGUUUCUUUUGGAAUCCAAAUAUCUGAACCGUAGUCACUACCACAGUAAGACAUUGCAGAGAUUUGUUGAACUUUGUAAUAAUUCUUUUUUUGGCUAUAUAUUUCCCCUAGAUUGGCGGAAAUCAUUGGCAGAGAACAUGUUUUCUCUGAGAGAAUCGGAGGUUUCAAGGAAUUUACUAGAACAGGUCAUAAUUGAAAACAUCAGUUCAAAGGGUAAGUUGACAUACGGGCAAAUUGGAAGAGUUGUAGUGAUAACUCUUGGACUGGGUAAGAUAAACAAUGAUUUAUAUGAAGAGAUUUUGAAAAGGUUUGAUGGGACUUAUGGAAAUCCACCAUGGAAUUCACUCAUUCAGGUUCUCCGUAGGUAUAUAGGACUAGGACCAGCAUUUCCUCGACGGUGCAUUAUGCUGAAGCUACAAGAAGCUUUGAUGGAGACUUACAAUGCAAAUUGGAGAAAAGAAGUCGACUAUAUUUCACCUGGUUGUUUCUUGUAUCUUAUUGAGCGUCUCCUAAUCUUGGCAUCUUACUCACAGGGAUACUUUAUCACUUCGAAGUCUUCUUUUGCUGAAUGGUUUAUCUAUCAAUAUGCAGAUGGAGAUCCCGACCCAAUUUCCACUUCUGUGCCAUCCCAUGAUUUCUUUGGGUUUAUUUUCAAUGUUGCUUAUCAGCUUCUUUUUAACAAGACAGAUACAAUGGAUUGGAUCACAAGGUCUAAUAUAACUGUGAAGGACUACUAUCCACUGCUGGUACUGAGAUUGGUUUCUAUAAUAUGUUUAGUUCAUCUGAAUUCUGGGGAAUUUUUGGAAUCUCUUGUUGCAUUGCUUGAUAGGAGCUAUAUUACUGAGCAACUUCCAUGGGAAUUUUAUGAUGUCAUUCAGGGAAAACGGAAACAUAUAAAUGUGAAUGUGCUAGCUAAAGCAUUUAAAAAGAUUCACAAUCCUCUUGUAAUUGUGAGUUUGGGAGGAAAUUGUUCAAGGUUUCUAUGUCCAGAUUGUUCAAGGUUUCUAUGUCCAGAUGCCAUUUUUGUGGACAGGAUGGUACAACCGUGCAGGGGGUGCAUGUUAAAAGUCUUGUUUCCAGAGACAGUGAAAGCAUCACAAGGUCAAGCUGAGACAUUUGAAGUGGAAGCAACUAACUCUGGCAAUGAAGUGCUUUCUUCAUGCACUUAUGAUCAAGAUCGUUGUAAUUGUAAGUCUGCACCUUCAAACUUUGCUUUGGUGGCAGAUCAGGGGGACUUGAACAACAUAAAUGGAAGCAGGCUGCAAGUGAAUUACUUUUGGGAAAUAUUUGAAGCUUUGAAGUCGUUGGAGAAUGGUAAAGAUCCAAGGAGCUUUUUUUUAAAUGUCCAAAUGAUGAAGCAGGUGAACGUGGAGAAAAGUAUUUACCUUGUUAGUACUGUUAUGCAUGAACGCCUUCAGAAUGCUAUCGACAAUGUUGAUGAAAACCUAUUGGAGGAAGUAGACAGCAUGGUUGAUGAACUGAAGCAACUUUCUGCUGCGCUGGAUGUGAGUGAACCAGAACUUGGAAACAAUAUGUCAACAAUUCAAGAACUUUGCAAGAGAUUGCUGUCAAGAAGGCCAAAUCUGGAACCUAUGUUAAGUAAACAAUUGUUGCAAUUGGGCACAAACCUUGUCGUUGAGACUUCUGGCAGUAUAUCAAAUGAGCAGCAGUAUGAUGUCAACAGUGAUAGUAAAGCUACGGAAAAUAGCAGUGCUGAUAUUGCAUCGGUCUCCAACAGCAAAGACAGCCGGGAAACAGAAAAUAAGGUGAAGGGUAACAAGUCUAGGAAAAAUAAGAGGGGUAAAAUUGUAAAAAAGGAGGCAGUAAGAGAUAAAUAGAUGUACAUGAGUUGAAAGUUGUUAUGUAUUGUGCAUUUCAAAAAUUGUCUUCUCUAUGCACUCGAAAGAGAAACAAUCUAGCAUUUCAGAAAAGAUCUUUGGAUCUCAAU